UCGCCAGGAGCAUCGGGCAGCGUGGAAGAAGAAGUUCUGGAUUCCGAAGCAGAACCCGGAGGAUCCGAGCGACAGUGACGUCGACCUGCCGAAAUACAAGCCGUCCGUCGUGCCCGUGAAGCCGGAACUCGACCGCUUUAAGGAAUCCGCGAUCGUGACUCAGCAUCUGAUGAAGGGGUUGGACUCCAUUGCCUACAAACACGCCACGGAGGCGAAGAAACCGGUCCACCCGGAGUCUCUGAUCCCCGAUGUGGAGAAGGAGAGGUUGGUAUCAAAAGUAAAAAUGUCUGGGUCUGGAAACUUGUGAUGCUGGGUGGCGUCUCAUGAGGACGCUACAAAUGCUGGCUCAGCAUGACAAAUUUCUGAGCUCCUAGGUGUUGCCUAUUCUGCAUGACAAACUGCGCCUCUGCAUCACAGAAAAGCGGAGCUCUUGGGUAACGUGCAUGACAGAUUUAAGAGUCAUGCCAGACAAGCAUGACAAACAUGCACUCUUGCAGACCCAGACAUUUUUACAUUUGAUAGCUGGGCAACGUGGAAGACUUUGACAAAAGCUGGGUGGAGAACGUCGUGAAGAACAAGAAUUUAUCCUGUGCAAAAGUAUCGUACUCGUAGUAAUUGCAUUCAUGCAUUACAAAUCUUUUUCUUAAGGCAAAUCUGCAUUACAAAUUUCAUUUCUCAUGCUGAGAAAAUUUGUAAUGCAUUUAUACGAGUACGAUACUUUUGCAAUGCAUAGAAUUUCGAGGACGAUGGCUACAGCCUCUUCAAAGACAACAUCGAUUGGGGGGACUACGUUUUUCCGAAAACCGAAAAAAUGAAGGAGGGGCGGCUUCUCGGGAUGACUUCGCGGGAGCACUACCUGAACUGCACCACCUGGACCAAGGAAGAAAUCGCUGACCGCGAGCACCUAUGCACCGCAGAAAUAUUAACGUGCUAGCACUAAUAGCAUCAGAAAUAAUUUCGGCAAAAAAACAAGUGGAAUUUGUAAUGUUGUUUCAAGUUUGGAGCGACAUUUUGUCAUGCAUGACUGCAAUUACUUAAUGUACGAGAGUGGAGUGCGAUACUUUUGCAAUGCAUAACACCACGACCGAAUUCUGACGGGCAUGUACAUGAAGGAUUCGCUGCCCCGGUUUUACAACUACGAACUCGAGGAUAAUGUCGGCGUCUCGGUCUACAACGUGGUCGCCGACCAGGACGCGGUCAAGGCCGCGGUGAAAGAAAAGGCUGGUCAGUUGCAAAACAAAAACCAAGCAGCAUCUUGCUCCGGCCUGACAAAUUUAUUGAAACACGCGGCGACAGCGAAC